AUGUCGGACCUUCAGAGUCAGCACGACAAAGACGUCGCUGAAAUCGCAGUCAAAGUAAAGGAAUUCCACAAGAACCAGAAGCCCUUCCGAAUCUACCAUGGCACAACCGGCAGCACCCGGCCCAUGGCCUUCAAGGCCGGCACCUUUAUCGACACUCAGAAGCUCAACCGUACUUUCCCUGUCGACAAGGAGAAGAUGACCAUCAAGGUGGAGCCAAAGGUUGCGAUGGACGAGCUAGUUGCGGUUACUCAGAAGCAAGGCUUCCUUCCUCAGGUUGUCCCUGAACUGAUGGGCAUCACCGCCGGCGGUGCCUUCUCCGGAACUGCCGGCGAAAGCAGCUCUUACAAGCACGGCCUCUUUGAAGAAACAGUCUGCGAGAUCGAGAUCAUCGUCGGCGAUGGCUCUAUUGUCACCGCCAAUGCAUCGUCUAAUUCCGACCUCUUUGAAUGGGCAGGCAGUAGCAUGGGCACCUUGGGCAUCAUCACCCUUCUCGAGGUCAAGCUGGUGCCAGCCAAGAAAUAUGUCCAGCUCGAGCUCAAGCGCGCCAACGGCAUCAACGAUGCCAUGGACAAGAUCGAGGCUGCUAUCGCGGAUCCUAGCAACGAUUUCAUUGAUGGCAUGCUUUUCAACAAAGAUUACGGCGUCGUCAUGUUCGGCAAGCUGACCGACAAGCCAGAAGGUGCCGAGAUUCACUCGUUCGUCAAUCGCAACGAACCAUGGUUCAGCAACUACAUCGAGAAAGUCGGCUCCAACAAAAGCGCCGACCCCAAGCCCAUUGCACUGCCCGUCGACCAAUACUUCUUCCGGUACGAUCGCGGCGUGUUCUGGGGCGCCAAGCUUGCCUUUGACUACUUCCACGUUCCCUUCAACCGCGUCACCAGAUGGGCUUUGGACCCCUUGAUGGGUUCUCGCGUCGCCUAUCACGCGCUGCACGAAGGUGGCUUCGCCAGCAAGUACGUUGUCCAAGACUUUGACAUGCCCCGCUCCAAAGCCGGUCCCUUUGUGGACUACAUCAACUCCAUCCUACCCAACUACCAGUUCUGGCUCUGCCCGGCCAAGAACGGCAAGGACCUACACGUGAUGAACAAGUUCCGCGCGCCGAGCGGCGAUGAGGAAAAACGUCGCAUCAUGCAGGAAGACCGCAUCUACAAUGUAGGCGUCUACGGCAAAGGUACCAAUGACUUUGAUCAGUUUGUCAAGCUCAACCGCGAGAUUGAGCAAAAGCUGUGGCACGAGUUCUGCGGCGUCAAGAUCUUGUAUGCGCACGCCUACUACACGGAAGAAGAGUUCUGGGAGAUCUACAACCGCGAACCCUAUGACCUCGUCCGCAACAAGUACAACAGCCAAGGAUUGCCGACCGUUUACGACAAGAUCAGCCAGGACAUGCAAAGCGGAAGGAAGCCGCCGAAGGUGCUGGCAGGCACGCGAGGUGCGGUGAAAGCGUUCUUGGGACUGUUGAGUAGUAAGAGACGCACAAGCUUCCUCUUAGACAAGAGACAGGGUGGCACUGCCAGCCAGACACCCCAGCCAGCGGCGAAAAAGGCGGAGGAUAAGGAUGCCAAGAAGGAGGUCAACGGCGUCAACGGCGCCGCAGAGAAGGGCCCCGUCAACGACCAAAAGACCUCCAACGAGCAGCAGCAAGUCAACGGCGUCAAGAAAGAGGAACCCGCCGCCGCCGUCGCCCCCGUCGCAGCCCCCACCGCAGUCGCCGCCAGCGCCACCUCCUCCUCUGCGGCAAACGGCGACGUCAAGGACCCCGCCACCCUGGCCGGACCCGGCAUCGAGCGCCCUCCACCACCAGUGAAGGGCGAGUCCGCCUUCGCCAUCCCACUCCCGGACGGCGACGCGAGCGAGUCCACCGCACUGCACGGCCACAGCGCCAUCGAGAAGCCCGUGCAGGUGACAGCAGUCGGCGGCGGUGACGACCCUGUUGCGGCUGCUGACGAUCUGUUCGAUAAGGCGGUCGAGGCGAAGGCUGGCGCUGUUGCUGGCGCUGAUGCGGCGGUGGUGAAUGGUGAGGGCAAGGCUUAG